AUGUUUCAACACAAUUAUUGGUUUAAUAUUGCAUACAUACUCAUAUCACUAUUGGGAGUUCAUACCUUGCAAUUGGAUAUUAAUUCACGUGACUCGAUAUGUGCUGCUGCGAAGGAAGUACAAGAAGGAAUGUGGAACUACUAUAACGGAUUCCAUUAUGGAGGAACUAUAGGCACUUUCAUGCCUCCAAAUUAUUGGUGGAAUGCCGGGGAAGCUUGGGGAGGGUUGGUUGAUUAUUACACGUAUUGUGAUAAUCAGAAUGAAACUUUACGCCAGUGGAUUUUUGAUGGUAUGUAUAGUCAACGAGGUGAGGAGAAUAAUUAUGUCCCAUCAAAUCAAUCAAUGGUUGAAGGAAAUGACGACCAAGGUGUUUUUGGGAUGGCUCUUAUGGAGGCUGUUGAGCAGAAUUUUCAAGACCCAGAAGACUUGAGUUGGAUUGAAUUGACACAAGCACUCUUCAACAGUAUGAGGGUUAGAUGGGAUCCCUGUACCUGUGGGGGUGGUUUAAGAUGGCAAAUAUUUGAAUGGAAUGUGGGUUACGAUUAUAAAAGUACUAUUGCCAACGGUUGUCUUUUCCAUUUGGCUGCAAGAUUAGCAAGAUAUUCAGAUAAUAAGGCUGAUUAUUUAGAAGUUGCAGAAAAGGUUUGGAAUUGGAUGGUUAAUGUAGGAUAUAUUACAGUGGAAGAUGAUGGUACCACGAUUCAAAUUUAUGAUGGUGCACACGUAGAAGAGAAUUGUACAGACUUUACUACAUUAAAAUGGUCCUCUAAUUAUGGUACAUUUCUUAGUGGAUGUGCAUAUCUUUAUAAUCUAACCGGAGAUGAGGUUUGGAAAUCCAGAACCUUGGAAAUAUUGGAAGCAUCUAAAUAUUUCUUUAACGGGCUGAUUAUGCAAGAAACAACAUGCGCCACACGGGGUGUUUGCAACUAUGACCAAAGAUCGUUUAGAUCAAUCUUCGCUCGAUUCUUGGGUCUUACAAUGAAAUUGGUCCCUGAAACAAGCGAUACAAUUUUACCAUUAUUAGAAGCAUCAGCACUAGGCGCCGCACAAUCAUGUUCUGGUGGGACUGAUGGGAUAACAUGUGGAGAAAAUUGGGCCUAUGGGGGGUGGGAUGGUGUAUACGGAUUAGGAGAACAAUCCUCAGCUUUAGAUGUUCUCAAUUCACUCUUGGUACGGGCCCCUUUGACUGUGAACACCGGUGGAUCAACCCGUGUCAACUAUAGUGAGGAAGCAGGUACUGAAAAUAAUCCUGCAAUCAAACCACCGGAAGGUUAUGUGUUGACAGAAACCACUUGCAACACAUAUUCUUCGAGUUCGACAGUUGAAGAAUCAUCAAGCUCAGAAACGAGUAGUCCAACAACAUCUAAAAGUAGCAGCUCAUCUAGCGUUACCAGCACUACCCUGGCUAAGAAAAGCUCGUCAUCCAACGUAUCCGCAUCAACCGCAAGAUUUGUCAAUUCUACUUUGACGACAAGCGACCCAAUGUCCACCACAAGUGAAGAGAGAAAUCAAGGUACGGAAACCUCACAGAGAGGGAAGUCAUGUGCACAUAGAUGGAAUUCGAACAUGUAUAAGUUAUUAGUCAUAGCAAUGGCACAAAUCUGA